AUGGUCACACCGGAGAUGGCCAAUCCCUAUCUGAGGCCGCCGAGCAUGUCGACCAGCCAGUCUCUGAAAACGUUUAUGUACAAUCGCGAGACCGGCGCGUUUUUAGGCAGAACGGCCAGUAGCUGGGGUAAGUUGCUGCAACGUUCGACGACGUUUGAUCGUUGAUCGACGUCGUUCGAUCUGUUUCGGAUUGAAACCGGAGCAACAAUCGAAGUAAACUUCAAUAUCGAUUUAUUGAUCUUUUCGAUUCUCAAUUCACGAGGACGUAACACGUACGAUUAUUUGUCUCUAAUCGUUGACGACUCGCACGUGGACAAUGAACAAAUAUUGUUUCAUUUGUUUGCAUGCGUAUGCGAGUGAAUGUGUACAUCUAGAGAUGUGCAUAAUUUUCAAUAGAGAACACUUUCAACAAGUGUCAAACAAGCGUCAAUCAUUUUCAGGUAAAAAAAACUUGUUCUUUUUGUUUUGCUGUUAGAUAUUGCGAAACGUUAAUUAUAAUAAUAAAACAACAAGCCAUUUUUAACAAUAGUUUUGUACUUUUGUUGGUUUAAUUUCAUAGAGAAAGAAACGGGAGAAUUUGGAAGAAAAGAGUUAAUCUUUCUGGGUAAUCAUUUCCCAAACGAACAGGGACAAUUGUACUAUGGCUACUUCGUUCAACAGAUAGAUUUUUUACUUUAAUUUCAUGUAUAGAAACCAUGAAAUUAAAAAAAAAAAAUGGGAUAAAGGACAGAGUGCAUCAGGUGGACAGCAGAAUCAACAAGUUUCAUUUGCUAGACGGCAUUAAUUCGUUGAAAAAUCACUUCCAUUUGAGAGAAAUAUGCUAGUUUGUCGAUCGUAAAACUAUACAUGUACUAUAUUUUGUGACAGGUAUUAUAAUAACGUGGUUCUUUCUGCUUUAAUUCAUUUUUUUUUUUUUAGGAUAUUCUUCAUACAUAA